AGGAGAGGGCAGAAGGGCAAGUCACUCUGUGAUGGACUAGUCACUAGGGGUCUAAAAAUAUUGCGUUGGGAUCUCUCAUUCCCCACUUCUUUUAGUAAGCAGUUCUAAUCAUAGAACUGCAGAACUAAAUUUCUGACUCUAUAUAAUUUGCAUUGCCCUGUUCUAAUCUCUGAUACUGUUGGCGUAGUAUAAGAAUCUGUACAGCACUAACUCUUUGUCUAAUAAAAGCAAUUAAUCUAUUAAUUAUGCAAGGUCCUAUAGUCAGCAGAAGAAGCAAGAUCAGUAAGGGACCCAUCAGGGCAGAAAGCAAGUCGUCAUCCAUGGCGAUCUGCUGAACCAGCCCUCGUACCAGUUUUGUGUGGCCUCCCGGUCUCGGUUGCGUUUUUCUAAUCUUUCUCUGAGCCUGCUCAUAGAAUCUCUGAUGGCUCCAGAGUGAUCAAUGUAAAAACAACAUUCUUCUUUAAGGGCAGCAUAUAGUCCCCCUUCCUUAAGGAACAGCAGGUCUAAGCCUCUUCUAUUCUGCAGAACUACCUCAGACAGGGAGGUGAGAGAUUCUUCUAACUUAGUGACAGAGCUUUCUAGCGCUUUGAUAUCCUGUGUCAUGGCAGCCUACAGAGUAUUCAGGCCAUGUUGGAGGUCUUGGGGUCCCUUAACAAGUGCUGUAGUCCCGGUACCAAUUCCUGCUGCUAUGCUCAAACCCAACAUUACUGCUAAGGUGAGGGAUACUGGUUCCCUCUUGUCCCUUCUUUGCUUAUAAUCACAGGCAUCUAUGGCUGUCUCCUCGGGGUGGUAGUAAACACGAGGAAAUAGCUGAACCAUAACACAAAAGUCUCUUGACUGGUUAAACACAACAGUAGAGACACAGGGGGUAAGCCCAGUACUACAUGCCCACCAGCUAUUUGAAUCAGGUUAAAGAGUCUAUCACCAGUGAUAGGGGGCAGAGUGAAGGUUUCUGCAGUGGGAAUUAUCGUCCCAUGGGGUUGGGGCUCAGAUACGAAGGAAAUCAGGACUAAUGGGGGAGGAGGCGGUGGUAACACCCGUUGGGGAGGUCCUUGCUCUGGGAGUACCUUAUCAGGUCCUAUGGGAACCUCUGGAGGGCUCUCAAUCUUGAGCCUAAUCUGGAACGAAAACCGUUAUCCUAUCCUGACAUAUAGAACCUCAGACCCCAGGUUCGCCCCUUGGGCCAGGCAGUAAACUGCUUCCCUGGAGUUGUGAAGGUGACACUGAGAGAGUCUAGGCCCUUAUUCUUUCUAGCGACAGUAAUCAAGUCCCAUAGGGAUGUGGGAUGCCAGUGGGCAUCUCCAGUAGUUUCACAUCCCCAUUGUUUGCAAUAGAAUGUCCCAGUCCUCCACAUCUAUGUGUCUCUGACCUAGAUCUGCCGUCUCUAGGGCAAACAUAAAAGGAGGUCUGCUGAAGUCUUCUCUGCAUAGGUCUAUCUUUACAUCCCGGGGAAUCAGCAAGGUGCUGGCCCUGUGAAACUGUCCUUGAUGAAGGGACCGUUUAGUAAAUGCACCUCUUGUAAGGGUAUUUCUUCAUGAGUCAUCCCAGGAAUGUCCCAUAAGUCUAACCCUGCCAUCAGGGCACAGAUUUCAGGAAACAAAGAGGGCCGCCAAGUACCAGGGGGAGCGACUUUAAAGGUGGACCAGGCUACAUCCGCAGUUUGUGAUAGUACCUGCCAGGUUAAUGCUUGAGGAGCACAGGGAUUUCUAUUCUUCUGUGGUGAGCAGGCGACAUAAACGCAGCGUAAGAGGAUCACCAGUCCGUUCCAGCUUCCAGGAGUCAUCUUGGGUUGCAGGAGGGGCCGCUUUGACGUGGGAUGCGUGGAUCCAAGCUGGGAUGCCGUCAACCUUGAUGGUGGUGGGACUUGUCAGGAGCACCAGGUGUUUGUGCAUGUUUGUUCAGAGGACAACUUGAAGUUACCAUUUCUCUCCUGGGAUGGAAUUCGGGUCCUCGGGCUUGGCAAGCAAGUGCCUCACCUCCUGAGCCACCUUGACUGCUCCUAGGUUACUCUGUCUGACAAUGGAUUUUCCUGGUCACUUUGAGCAGAUCUUUCAACAGCUGAACUACCAGAGACUUCAUGGGCAGCUCUGCGACUGCGUCAUUGUAGUGGGGAGCAGGCAUUUCAAAGCGCACCGCUCCGUGCUGGCGGCAUGCAGCACGCAUUUCCGGGCUCUCUUCUCUGUGGCUGAGGGAGAUCAAGCCAUGAACAUGAUCCAGCUGGAUAGUGAGGUGGUGACGGCAGAGGCCUUUGCCGCCCUGAUUGACAUGAUGUACACCUCCACCCUCAUGCUAGGGGAGAGCAACGUUAUGGACGUCUUAUUGGCAGCCUCUCACCUGCAUCUGAACUCGGUUGUUAAGGCUUGUAAACAUUACCUGACGACAAGGACGCUGCCCAUGUCUCCCCCCAGUGAGCGCGCUCCGGAGCAGAGCGCUCGCAUGCAGCGCUCCUUCAUGCUGCAGCAGCUGGGACUGAGCAUCGUGAGCUCGGCCCUCAGUUCCAGCCAGAGUGGCGAGGAGCCACCUGCCCCCAUUAGCUCAUCCAUGCGCAACAACCUGGACCAGCGGACACCCUUCCCCAUGAGACGCCUUCACAAGCGCAAGCCGUCUGUAGAGGAGCGGGCCCGGCAGCGCCUCCGACCCUCCAUGGACGAGGCAGCCAUUUCAGAUGCUACCCCAGAGAGCGGGCCUUCGGGAGUCCUUUCUCGGGAGGAGUUCUUUUCACCAGAUUCUCUGAAAAUUGUGGAUAACCCUAAGCCCGAUGGGAUGGCUGACAACCAGGAAGACAGUGCUAUGAUGUUUGAUCGGCCUUUUGGUGCCCAGGAGGAUGCCCAGGUGCCCAGCCAGUCAGACGGCACUGCUGGCAACAUGGCCUCCCGCGCAACUCAGGUGGAGGCCGGUUUUGAGCAGGAAGCUGUAGCUGAGAAGGGCAGCUUCCAGUGUGAAAACCCCGAGGCCGGCCUUGCGGAGAAGGAGCACAUGAGGGUGGUGGUGAAGUCCGAGCCGCUGAGCUCUCCCGAGCCGCAGGACGAAGUGAGCGAUGUCACCUCCCAGGCGGAAGGCAGCGAGUCUGUGGAGGUGGAGGGCGUGGUGGUCGGGGCCGAGAAGAUAGACCUCAGCCCCGAGAGCAGCGAUCGGAGUUUCUCGGAUCCCCAGUCCAGUACAGACAGGGUCGGGGACAUCCACAUUUUGGAAGUCACAAAUAAUCUAGAACAUAAGACCUCUUUUAGUAUUUCAAAUUUUCUCAGCAAGAACAGGGGGAGUAACUUUAGCACAAGUCAGAGCACCGACGACAACAUCCCAAACACCACCAGUGACUGCCGGCUGGAGGGUGAGGCCCCUUACCUGUUGAGUCCAGAGGCUGGGCCUGCAGGCGGGCCUUCCUCUGCUCCCAGUUCCCAUGCAGAGAACCCAUUCAGUGAGCCUGCAGACCCCCACUUUGUCAGGCCUAUGCAGGAGGUGAUGGGCCUGCCGUGUGUGCAGACCUCAGGCUACCAAGGAGAACAAUUUGGGAUGGACUUUUCCAGGUCUGGCUUGGGUCUCCACUCUUCUUUUUCCAGGGCAAUGAUGGGUUCCCCAAGAGGAGGAGCUAGUAACUUUCCAUACUACCGACGCAUAGCUCCCAAAAUGCCGGUUGUAACUUCUGUCAGGAGCUCACAGAUGCCUGAAAACUCCUCUGGUUCCCAGCUGAUGAUGAACGGGGCCGCCUCAUUUGAAAGCGGUCACCCUUCCCAGCCCGGCCCUCCGCAGCUGACCAGGGCGUCCGCCGAUGUCUUGUCGAAGUGCAAGAAGGCCUUGUCGGAGCACAACGUCCUGGUUGUGGAGGGGGCUCGCAAGUACGCCUGCAAGAUCUGCUGCAAAACCUUCCUGACCCUGACAGACUGUAAGAAGCACAUCCGAGUGCACACGGGCGAGAAGCCCUACGCCUGCCUCAAGUGUGGCAAGAGGUUCAGUCAGUCCAGCCACCUGUACAAGCACUCGAAGACCACCUGCCUGCGCUGGCAGAGCAGCAACCUCCCCAGCACCUUGCUCUAACCAUCUCCUCGUGAGGCAUCGUGGGACAGUUGUGCACCCAGAUUAAAAUCGCUCUUGGCAGGCAGCUAAUGCCACUGGACCUGAGGCCUCGGCUGGCCAGCGGCUCCUUGCAUCUCAGCCAGUGGCUAGCAGAGAGCUGUUAGGUGUAGUCCUGACGCCGAGAAGUCACUCUUAGUGUAGUCCUGACGCUGCAGCACUUCUGAGUGAGGUAUGCACCAACUCCUUCCUUAGGGUUGAGGAAUGCAGUCAUAAAGUAGUUUGUCAUUGGUGGUAAGAGUGUCAUAUUUUAAAAUGGAACUAUUUAACACUAUUUUAAAGCCCUGUGAAGCAAUUAAUUAAAUUCCCUACAUCCUCUGGUGGGCUGCACAGCAGUGCAAAGCAUGCGUGUAAGCAGUUGACUUGGUGGUAACUGAACAAAGGCCCUGGAGGACAAGCCUGUCGGUCACACUGCUUUAACGUGUCUGAGCUAGUCCGAGGCUGCAGAAAGUACUGUGUCCCUUUUCAGUCUGAGUUGCAGUCUCUGACUGCCCUGACGGUGCUGAUACUAGGUCCAGGUGGACACGCCCUUGGACUAACAGGUGUAUACACCUUUGAAUCAUCUCUGUGGAACCGGUGUUUUUAUUAACUUUUCUUCUGCUUUUAAAAAUAAAGUUGUAAGUGGAGUAUGUACUUGUAGGGAGUGACAGUGAGGUGUUUCUGUGCGUGCUGUGUUAGCAGUGUUUUAAUCAAUGUGUUUCCCAUGCAGUAGUUCUGUUGGAAGUCAGCAGGGACUAGUGUCCGUCUUCGUUCUGGUGAUAUGGGGUCCUGUUUUGUGGGUUUUCACGGUGCAUUUGUCUUUUACUCCAUCCAGAUGUCCAAACCAGCCCGGUCUGGCUGGUCUCGCCACCCGCCAUCACCUGCUCUGCUCUGUCACUUCUUACUCCCAAGCCCCAUAGAGCCUCUCUCCCAGGCAGAGCCAGCGGAGCCAAGCGCAGCAGCCAUGGUUUAUACCUCAGCUGUCAGUGGUGCCGCUCCUUUAACCAGUACUCGGCGUUCCGUCAUCUAAACCUAAAUGUGGUAGUGGUAGUGUUCAUAGCUCUGUGCUUUCCAGGCUUUGCAAGAACUAGGCAGCCCCCACACAGCAUAGAACUCACCAGAAACAUUCAAGGUUCUUGGAGAGGCGUUCAGUUCUCUGUCCAGGACCUCUGCGUCCUCCUUGCUGUCAUGGCGCCUGUUCUGGCAUGCACCCAGGGGACAGCACAGGUCCAUGCAAGUCUGUAGGCUCAUUUAGUUCAGUCAUGGACAAGAAUUCCUAUUUUUCUCAUACCUUUUCUCAGAGAUGCCAAACCAUUGUACACAAUUCAGAGGAAUUCAGUUCUUUAGUGUAGAAAACUGCAUAUUUAUGUAUUUCCUAAAACAAAUGACUGUGUGUCUUCUCUUAAGCUAGUGUGACCAUGAAUCUGUGGAUAGACCUGUAAUGUCCUAAGAGGGCAUGCCACCUGAACUGAUUCCCAGGGAGGUCAGCCCAGAUGGAAACCCGACCCUCUUCCUGAGCAGGUGCGUGGGAAGACCAGCGGAGGCAGUGGGGUCACUUGAGGAUUGCCGUGUGGCUCGUCGGCAGUCUGUUGAGACAUGAUGUAGGUGCCAGUGGGGUGAGUCGGGGGCAGCAUGUAGAACCAGGGAUGCCGGCUGGGUGAGGAGCCAGUGUCACAGGCAGGGAAUGGCGGUCGUUCUUCCUUCUGCCUUAAGGACGUGGCGCCUGGCGUCUGUCCCUCACUCAGCUUGGGUAUGAACGGACUUUGCUUUGGGGCCUGCCUCUCUACUGCUGGACGGACCUGGGAUCUCAUCUACCUCGUUGAGUCAGUCUCUACGUGUGAGGAGCAAGCUUGCAGGCCAGUGUCCUCCAACAUGCUGCAGCACUUAAAGGUUCCCAAGGGUCCCUGGGGACUAGACCAGGGCUGCUGUGACCUGGAGUUCUACUGGGAUUCUAACUGGCACUGGGGACCCGACUUUUGAUUUGUAGCCUUAAUUAUAGCCCGGCAUAAUCAUGUACAAUCUUCUGGAGAUGGCGUCAAGUAUAGAGGCACCCUGUCGGUGCCAAUGCUGGUCAAAACAGAUUUGGAAAUAAAAAAAAUUGUCAUA